AUGAACAGUGAGCUAAGGCCUCCUGGUUCUAAAGCAUUGCCUGAGGCACAUGCGGCCGUAGAGGAAAAGGAUGAGACUCCAAGAGAGUCAUACCGUGGUCGCAUGAGAGGCCAUGGAAAAAUAGGUUAUCUUAGAUGGGAGAGGAACCUUGAUGAAUGGUUUCACUUCAACAACAUCCUGAGGAAAGAAAGGCUAGCUUAUGCUAUUGAUCAACUUAGAGAAGAAGCCUUUAAAUGGUGGGUACAAGAAGAAGAUGAUAGGUGGUUUUACAAUGAGAUUUUACAAGUUCUGAAAUCCAAGAACUAUAUCCAAGGAGGUAUCCAAUUCAUGGUCCCAAAGAAGCAAGAAGAAGUGGCACAAGAGGGUCAAAGAGUCUUGUCUCAACAAGAUAACUUUCAGCCAAACCAGGGGCAUGCCAUUGUCCAUUGCUUAGACCAGAAGAGUGACAUCCCAAAUGUCAGGAAGAUGAGUACAAGUGUCGGCCAAAACACUUUGAUCAGGUCCAAAGACAAACCAGAGCAAGCUAUUGUCCAAGUAAAGGCCAGGAGUGUUAUUACAGGUCUAAAGGAGCCUAGGUACAUAGAAGAAGAGACGCCAGGCACAAGCCUUCCCACGGACCAGAAGGAAGCUCAAAGCACAAAACAAUCAAAGUUGCUUAAUAAACCAAAACCAGUGAUCAUAGUAUCAAACCAAGGAAUACCAGAUGAGAGCCACAUUCUUACCGAACCAGAACAUGAGCUCAAUCAAAAUCCACACCACAAGUGGAAACCGAAAACUGAACAAAAGAUUGUUCAAGUGCCAAAACCCGAGGAAGCCAAGGUGAGUACAAGGCAAAGAAAGAACAAGAAGUUCUUGCUGCCACAACUGAUUUAA